GAGAUUACGGUCAACGUCUUGGACUCAAAUCGCAGAUACAUUAGAAGAUGUUCCGAGAUCAUUGGAUAAGUUUUGGGGCAUUAUAAGCGAACAGAGGAUUGCGGAUUUGAUUAGAUUGGUGAGUGCUCACGUGGAGUCUCCUAGGACACAAGUGUCCCGAAGCGCUUGUCAUACGCUGGCGUCCAUUUUGAAAAACACUAACUAUACGAAAAAACCGGAUUUCCACGAAGCGGUGACGAUCCUCCUGACCAAGACCGGUAGCUACAGUAGGCCGGUGCGCCGUGCUGCCAACGUCGCUCUGGACGACAUCGUGUCAGGCGUGGAGUUCAGUCAUGCCAUCACAGCACUCUGCAUACAUGGAGCUAGCCAUAAGAGUCCUCUAGUCCGGUGCGCAUCAGCCCGACUGCUGGUAGUGUCUUGUGCACUCGCUGGCGGUGGGAGGGAACUGCUGAGGGCUCGGCCUCCCACCGCUGCCGCUAGGAGGUAUGCGCUGCGCUCUCUAGCCGCGCUACUCGAAGACAAGAACACUGACACCAGGAAAUACGCCGAGCGACUUUACACGAUGUUGCGACCGCUCGGUAACUUCGAGGCUUACUAUCUCACUGAUGUGGACGUGGAGCAAGCCUCGAGGCAGAUGAAGAAAUAUGACCAGCUGUUGCUCAACGAACCGCCCAAAGAAGGUGACGGUAAACCGAAGAUUGCGCGCUACAUUUUAUCGGCCUAG